UCUCACUCUCACGUUCUCUCUUCUGUCUUCUCCCUUCUCUCAAACUUCAUCCUCUUCUCUUUUUCUUUCUUCUUGCUUCUGUUUCUUCUUUUUGCUUCUUAUUUUUUUUGGGUUUGUUAUUUUGAUUUUUAGAUGGUGGUGGUUGAUGAUUUUUGAUUGAUGAAGAUUGAAGGUGAUGGUGGGAUUUGUAGAGAUUAUGGAUGAUGAAGUGUGAGUGUGUGAGUGUGGGAUUUGUAGAUUUGAUUUGCUUCAUGGAUUUAGUUGGAGAUUAUUGAGGCUUUAGAUGGAGCUUGAAUAGUUUGAAUUUUUUCUUCUCAUGGAUUUUUUGGGACAGUGACAGUAUUUGUGUUGUUGGUUGUUUUCCAGAUUGAUUCAUCAACUCCAUGGUUUGAUUUGAUCAAUGUUUUUUGUUUUGUGACAGUGUUUGUGUUGUUGUGUUCCAUGUUUGCUUCGGAGAAGAAGAAACGCAUAUGAGGAAGGAGGAGAAGUCAAAAGUUUGUUUUCUAGCUUGUUUUGUCAAAAUAGAUUUUGACCGCAAGAUUGAUCUAACGGGUCAGGAUUGGAGAAGGAGAGAGAUGGAGACAGUGGGUGAUGGAGAGAAUCCGGAUCCAUUCCGAAUUACUUAUCUAGAAAGCAGCUGUUAAUGUUAAGAAAAAGUAAUACUCAAUUGUUGAAUUUGAAUGGAAAACGCGUUAUUUAAAUAAAUGUAUACUACGUGUUUAUUAGGCAUAAUUUGAUCAUUAAAUUGAAUCGAUUAAUAUUACUAAGUUUCAAGUCUUUGUUUCUUCCCUCCUCUCAUUCCAUUUCCAUCAACAACCAAACCAAAAGUCGUAACCGUAACCGUAACCUCUCACUCCAAACCAAAAUGUCUGACGGAUCAUCAUUUCAAUUGCAGAUACUUGACGGAACUAACCUUAGAGACCUCGAUCUAUCACUCAUCGUUUUCGAUCGUCCGGUUACCGGAGCUCAAAUCCUCCACAUUGCACAUUCACAAGCUUCUCCUUCUUUCUUCGAUCUUCCAUUUCCCGAUCCUCUCAAAACCGCUGCUCUCAACCGCCUCAACACUAACUCCGACGCCGAACCUUUCUUAUCCACCGAGACUGAGUAUCAACCUAUCAAAGCUUCUCAAAUCCUCAAACUCUACAUCGCCGCCAUCGCUGAUGAACUCAAAGCUAAUCCUCUUGUUCUAUCAAUCUUGGAUGGAAGUACUCUUCGUUUGUUCUUUGAAGACGAGGAUGAUUUUGCCAUGUUAGCAGAAAAUCUAUUCACUGACUUGGAUGUUGAAGAUAAGGGGAAAAUCAGCAAGAGUCAAAUUCGAAAUGCUCUUGUUCAGAUGGGAGUCGACAUGGGAGUUCCUCCUUUCUCAGAAUAUCCUCAGCUAAAUGACUUGUUGAGUAAACAUGGAGUGGAUGGAGAAGAAGAACUGGGUCAGGCACAAUUUGCACAGCUUCUGCAGUCUGUAUUACAAGAUCUUGAGGUGGAACUUUCCAAAAAGAAUUUUGUUUUCAUCCAGAAUGUCCAAGUCAUAAAUGGCUCUAAGAUAAGACAGCUAUUGGCCAAUGAAAAGGAGUUAAACAGCUUUGUAGAGAAAGCAACACAGGAGAAACCCAAUGCAAAGGGUGGUUUAGGAAGCACAGAAAUAAUAAGGAGCUUCCUUGAGAGAAACACUAAGGAGUUGGGUUUACCACUAUCUGAAAGUAGCGAUGCAGCUGUUCUUUUUUAUGAUUCUGUUUUUGCUGAUGUAGCCAAAGAAAAAGAUGGUGUGGAAUUAGAGAAAGAAGGCCUGGCAAAACUUUUGAAGGAUAUCUUGGAGAAAAUGGCAGAGCAACUUGAGUUGAAUCCAGUAUAUCAAGAAUUUGCUUGAGGCUGAUGAAUUAAUGGGUUGUAUUUCACAUAUUUAUAACUUCGUAUCAUUGCAGGGCUUUUGGGAUUUGCAUCCCACCCAGUGGUGUAUAUUGUACAAUGAUUUUUACUUAUACAUAAUAGUACCUUAAAUAGUAUGUUUAUGAUACUAUAAUAUGAAUUGCUACUUGGUUUUCUGGA